UAUUCAACACUUACAUAAAACCAUUAUCCUCCUAUUCUUCUUUAAUUUCUCUUGCAAAGAUGAGCAACAACAACUUCAUCACGUCCAACAUUUUCUUAUUCAGUCUCCAUCAAUUCCUCUUGUUAGUCCACACUAAACCUCUGGUACCAGCUCUCUAUGUAUUCGGAGAUUCAUUGUUUGACAGUGGCAAUAACAAUCUUCUGCCAACAAUGGCCAGGGCAAACUUCCCACCUUACGGCCACAAUUUCGUCCAGCACUUCACUGGAAGGUUCACUAAUGGUAGAACUCUCCCAGAUUUUAUAGCUGAGUUUCUUGAGCUGCCAUAUCCUCCACCAUACUUGGGCAUACACGACUCAGUACCCUUAACAGGUUUGAAUUAUGCAUCUUCAGCUUGUGGAAUUCUCCCUCAAACUGGAACUAUAUUUGGCAAAUGCUUGAGUUUGGGUGAACAAAUUGACUUGUUUAAAUGGACAAUUGAAUCGAAGCUGCCUACCCACUUUAACAGCUUAGAGGAGCUUUCUAAACACUUGGCAGAUUCUAUUUUCAUAAUUACAACAGGCAGCAAUGAUUACAUUCAAAACUAUCUAGAACCAACCUUGUUUAGCACAAAUCAUGAUUAUGAUCCUCAAUCAUUUGCUCAGCUUCUUAUAGAUGAUCUCUCCAACCAUUUCCAGAGCGUAUAUAAAUUAGGAGCAAGGAAGAUAAUAAUGCACGAAAUAGCCCCACUUGGAUGCAUCCCACAUUAUACAAGAAAAUAUCAAGUAGUCGUAGGCAAAUGUCAUGAACAAACUAACCAAAUUGUCUCAUAUUUCAAUACCAAGCUUCAUGAAUUGCUCAAGUCUUUAACAUCCACUCUUCAAGGCUCCAUACUUGUUCUUGCUCGAAUUAAUUCAUUAGGCUAUGAUGUCAUUACUAAUCCUUCAAAAUAUGGAUACAGUGAUGCAAGCAAUCCAUGUUGCACAACUUGGGGUAACGGGAGUGCUGUAUGUAUUCCAUGGCUGGAACCAUGCCCUAACCCAAAUCAACAUUUUUUCUGGGAUGGUUAUCAUAAUACAGAGACAGGGAAUUCAGUGGCAGCCUCCCUUUGUUUCAACACUUCUGAAUUUUGUACUCCUUUUAGUAUUAAGGACCUCAUACAAAUUUAAAUAAA